GGAAAACAAAUAUCAGUUCUAGUGUUACAUCCUGGGGAGUGCCAGAGAGUAUAUCACAAAUCGCAGAGUCAGCACGAUCACUGAGACUGCCGGAAUCAGAGUCGAAGGGAAACUGCACCAUGUUUCUAUACUCUGCCUUCCUGUUUCUUUUGUCCCUUCCCUUUUGUACCCCCUCUAAUUCUUCUAGCUGUACUUCAUAUCUGUUUCUAUAUACCUGCCAGGCUCGAAGCGUAUUUUCUAUUCCUUUUGUUCCACCUGAAACCCGCAUUCUCCUCCUUCCCUUCAACCACAUUUCCUCUAUCUCGCAAAACUCUUUUCCAUGGCUUCCCCACCUGAAGACUAUAAACUUGGGUUCACAAAUUUCUUCUGGCACCUUUUCAGUUGGAGAAUCUGCUUUCUUCAAUGUAUCUAACGUGAAAACUCUUGACCUGGCAGACAACCGCAAAAUGCAACUCCAUCCCAGAGCAUUCCAGGGCUUGACCAAGCUAGAAGUACUUUUGCUGUAUUCCAAUGGACUUGAUGAAUCUGUUUUGCAAUCUGACCUCUUUAAGGAUCUUAUUUCCCUACGCAUGCUGGACCUCUCCUUUAACCAAAUCCGCAGGCUACGGCCUGACCCCAGUUUCCAAAAAUUAAGCUCACUAUCCUCCAUUUUACUGAAACUCAACAAAAUAAAUUUUCUGUGUGGAGAUGAUCUCCAGAACCUACAUGUAAGAAAGCUAGAGGUCCUUGACCUGUCAUCAAAUCCACUACAAUUCUUCUAUGGGACUUGCACAAACCCUUUUAAGAACAUUAGUCUGGGUACCUUAGAUGUCUCCUCAAUAGCUUGGAAUGAAGAGAGUGUUAAAAAUUUCACCAACAUAAUUUCUGGGACUCAGGUGAAUUAUAUCAAAAUGAAGCAUGCUGGUGCACUGGGAAGCAAUUUUGGUUUCAAUAAUCUUAGGGAUCCAAAUGAAGACACAUUCUCCGGCCUUAAUGCAAGCGGCAUCAACAUGUUUGAACUUUCCAAUGGCUUUAUUUCCAAACUGGUCCCUCAUGUAUUUUCUUCAUUUCACCAGCUUUUGUCCCUUGACCUCUCCUCUAAUAAAAUCAAUAAACUCUUGCCUGGAGCAUUUUAUGGACUUGAACAACUGGUGAGUCUUAACCUUUCUGGUAAUCUCCUGGGGGAAGUCUUCAUCUCGAGUUUUCAGGGUUUAGCACCCAAUGCCCUUAAAGCCCUGGACCUCAGUUCCAACCACAUUGGAGUAAUUCAAUAUAGAGCUUUGGAUUGGCUUGUUUCCCUGGAAUCACUAAACUUAAGAGACAAUGCACUAACUAAAAUACCAUUGGUAACACUUCCCAAAGUAACUCUUAUUUUGCUAGCACAGAAUCGGAUCUCACACACAUUUGGCCUCUCUACUUUUAUCCCUCAUGCAAUAAUUUUAGACCUUGAAGGUAAUCGUUUAACAGACCUCAGGUCCCUAUGGGAGAUUCUAGAGAUAAAAUCUCUGCAGUACCUUUUAUUGGGCAAAAACCGUAUCUCAAAAUGUUUCACUGUCCAAACUUCUAAAAACAACAGUGAUCUUAUCUAUUUGGAUCUCUCAGACAAUUUUCUGGGAAGCAUAUGGAAUAAUGAUCAAUGUGGAGACAUUUUCAAGUAUCUUGGAAAACUUGUAUUCCUUAACCUUGCCAGAAACCAAAUCUCUUCCAUGCCUGAAGAAUUGUUGCAGAGUAUGUCAAGUCUUCAGACCUUGGAUUUAUCAGGGAACAAGCUUAGGCGCCUCAAUAGUGGACUGUUAAUUAACCUCACAUCGCUGAAAACCCUGAAUUUAGGCAAUAACAACCUUGUCACUUUGUCGUCUUUUAAUCUGGAGCCACUGCACGCCCUUGAGAGAAUUGACUUGUCUGAAGUGACAUUUGUGUGUCACUGUAGUCUGAAGGAUUUAUGGCACUGGAUGGAGAAUAAACAUAUCAGUGUAGAGAGCAGUAAUAUAAAAUGCAUCCAGUCUUCUCUGCCUUUUUCAGAGACACCGCUCUUGGAAUAUUUGGAGAACUGUGCAUAGUUUCAGAGUUUUUUGUAUAUUUGUGUUUUGUAUAAUUUGUGUAUAGCUUGUCAACAGUAAACUACCCAUGGGGUAUUUCAAAAGAAAGACUCUACAUCCACUUAUGUGGCAACUAGUCUCUUCUCUUCUUGGAAUGCUAUUGACACAUUUUUGAAAUCGUUGUUAAAUAACUUGUAAAUAAUAAAAAAUAUGGUUGAA